GUUUUUAUACUUGCACACAUUGCUUGCUGUUAUCACCUAGCCGGGAACAAUUUUUCUGUUUUACCCCAAAAUGUGAUCUUUUAUGGGCUUUCGCUUUGAUCUGAGAAAUAUCAGAACUCUCUACACAUUCGAUUGUAACAAUCUCUCGGCACAAACAUCGUAUAUUUUGAGAACUUUGUCGGCCAUGUGACACUUGAGAAGUCAGUGCUUCUCAUUUGUUUACUUGACACGUUUUUUCUUUUUUAUGUGCUUAUUUUGCCUCAUUUUCAAAUCUUCCUUGUCUGACUGAAAAAUUUUCUUCUACAAUGAAUGCUCUGAAAACUUUCAAUCGUUAUUUGUUGUGGUUUGCCAAUGAACAUGUGGACUUUCGCCUUGCCGAAAUACAAGCAAUAAUGGAAUUAUAUAAGAUCAAAGCAAAGUGGUUGGAAAAACCAUCACCCAAACCGUAUUGGUUGGUAGAACUGCCAAAUGAAAACGAUGCUAUCCAAAUUGCUAGUCGGUCAGUCACCAUGAGGUACAUAAUUGAAUUAUGGGGUGGAGCCACCAGCAUGGAGGAUCUACACACUGAGCUGAAGUCCAUGCCAGAGAGUAAAAUCCUACAGUAUUGUGAAGAGCAUUUGAGUUUCAAGGUGAAAGUUGAGUGCUAUGGAAAUUCUCAAACUGCUGCAGAGAAAGUAGAGAAAAUAGAUACUUUCAACUACCUUCCUCUGAAAGGCAAAGUCAAGCUGAAGAAUCCGGAUGUAACUUUCAAUUUAAUAGAGUAUUGGGGAAUGGAGCCCAACAAUCUUCCAAGCAAGCCCUAUAAUGUUUUCUUUGGAAGACUGAUAGCUCAUGGUCAAAGAGAUUUAAUCACAGAGCUCUCUUUGAAAACAAGGAAGUUCAUUGGAAACACAAGCAUGAAUUCGCAGCUAUCCUUAAUCAUGGCUAAUCAGGCCAAAGUACAGCCAGGCGAUCUUGUUUUUGAUCCAUUUGUCGGUUCAGGUUCUCUUUUAGUAGCAGCUGCUUACUACGGUGCUUAUGUAUUCGGAUCGGAUAUUGAUUAUUUAAUGUUACAUGGUAAAACAAAGCAGAGUCGGAAGCAGACUAGGGAUAAACCUCGAGUGGAUGAAAGCAUUUUCGAGAAUAUGAAGCAAUAUAAAUGUCAAAGUCGGUAUGUAGAUGUUAUUGUUGCUGAUGCAGCCUUACCUCCAUGGAGUUCUUCUUUAGUUUUAGACGCAAUUAUCACAGAUAUGCCGUAUGGUAUUAGAGAGUCUGCUGAAACAAUUGGAUCUACCAAAAUUCAAGAUGGCAAGCAUGUUGUUCCUGAAAAUGAAAUACACAUACCAUCUAAAAUAGAAUACGAUUUUAGCAAAAUGUUAGAGGAUCUCUUUAAGUUUUCGCUCACUCAUCUGAAAGUGGGAGGACGGCUGGUCACAUGGUUACCUGUUUUAAUGUGCGACUAUGAUCCUAAUGAAUUGCCAAUGCAUCGUUGCUUGACUUUAGUGAGUAACUGUGAGCAAAAGCUAUCAACUUUUACAUCACGGCGACUGUUGACAUAUGAAAAAAUAAAAGAACCUGAGUUAAAUGAGGUUGAAGCUUUCACAGUAUCUUAUGGCGCCGCAUUUCGUGAAAAGUUCUACCGACACGCUCAAAAAUUACAAAAAGAAAGAGCUGAGAACAGACAUAAUAACAGGGAAAUUGUCCUAUCAUUGAGUGAACCUUAAGUAUCUUACCCUCACUCAGAGGGUCUAUUUGUUUAAUUUGUGAUGUAGAAACUUUUUUUUAAGUUUGUAUGCUUUUGUACUUUUUGAUUACAUAUUUUCUUUUUAAAA